UUCAAAUAUUUGCAGGAACGGGUUGAAUGCCGACUUGGGUAAGGCUUUAAUUAGUCAAGUGUUUGAUUUCGGAUUAUAAUGUGUGGUAUAAAGCAUGCGCACAGAAAUGAGAAUAUGCAAUUAACUUGGGACGACGACUUUGUUAAUGCCACUUUGCUAUAGGUGUCCCUACUUGUCGUGUACCAGAUUUGGAUUGUGUUGUUUGGACGGUACGUUACCUUGAGAAAUACGUCUACAGGUACGUGUUUGGACGGUACGUUACCUUGAGAAAUACGUCUACAGGUGCGUGUUUGGACGGUACGUUACCUUGAGAAAUACGUAUACAGGGACCCUGGAUGGAUGGCCUUUUUGACGUGGGAGAGACGCCAACGUGCGGGGAGCACCCGCGUACAGCAGCUGAAGCACUCUGCCUCAAACACCGACAGUUCGUCUGCAUGAAAUGUAUCGUGGAAGACAAAAAACACAGCUCGAAGAAAUGCGAGACUAAGACGCUGAGGAACAUGUGCUCCGAGAGCGACCAGAAGCUCGUGCAGCUACUGCUCAUGAAUAAAGCAAUUGUAAAGCGGCGCGAACAACUCGAGAAGCACGUGACCCACGCGGAGCGGAAGCGCGAGGAGCUGCGCGCGCAGAUUGACAGUUAUUACACGGAUAUCACGUUCUCGCUGCAGAAAAAGUACGCACAUGCACUGAAGUACGUCGAUGAAAAAACGAACAUCGUCAAAGAAAAUAACACCAAUAGAUUGCAGGCUAUUGACACAGUCAAAGCGCUAUUUGAGGGCGAAAUUGGUCGUUUGACAGAUAGAAAAUCCAAAGCGAAAGAAAUCAGCAUGGCUGAACUCUCAAAACGUGAGCGGUCGCUUCCGGCCACCUGUCUGACCAUUGUGACAUUGUUUCAAUCAAACAAGCAGCUCAAAGAGGCGGUCUCCUCGCCGCUGGGUGAGAUUUCGUACAUCGAGGACGACUUGGAGGCUUAUGACAUGCUGGACGAGGGUGGCAUCAAAUCGAAUCCGCCGUCUGGGAACGGGAACAGCGUGGCUGGUCCAGAUUCACCCCCAUACAAUCGUUACGAGGCUCCCAUAAAGAAAACGAACAAGCCGUCGAAGAGCAAUAGCGACGCUUACGAGGAUCUCGUGCAUAGGACGGGGUUACCUGAACCACUUCCGGUUCCUGAUACCCCUCCUCUGGCGGGCUCUAGCUACGAGCGAACCGUGACCGACAUUGCGACAGAGCCCAAGUUUGACGAUUAUUGCAACGCGGAUAAAGGACGAGUGAUCGACACCUCGUGUCCGACUGAGCAGUCCGAGUCCAGCCCUACAGACCCCGGGACGCUUUCUACACCCACGGGAAGACGAGCACAAUCCUCCCUCCGCAGCAACUCAAUCGUGGAGAAGUAUUUCCCCGGUAUCGAGUCAGGCGUAUCCUCUGUGAAACCAACCACGCCCAUUAACGACAAGGUCCCGACGUUUGUUGCCCAAACAUCCCAGGUUUUGCAGCAUAUAGUCUCUGUUCCAAACAAAAACGACAGCCAAACUCCACCCGUUUCCAAACAUGAAACAUCAAAGAUUAUACCACAAAGCACUGGGUAUUUGUCAAUAUCAGGAGUAAAGUUAGACAGCGGAGCGAUCCCAGCUGGAUCUAAGAUCACAUCUAAAGCCGGCACUGCGAGGUGCAAACAGAAAUGCGUUGAGACGCGGUCAGUUAAACUAACCGGAGAGACGAUUCGCCGACGCCGACUGACGUGUGCGGUUCUACUUCCUGCCAACCGCCUCGCGUUCCUAGACGAGCAGAACUCGAGCGUUCUAUUGGCGAGGACUGACGGACGGCUGAUCUGCGAGAUGGAAGGGGAGCAACUCUUGUACAUGGCGGGUUGCGGCAGGGACGAUAUCGCUGUGUUAGGGCGGAGCAAGGGUCUACAUAUCACCGUCUACAUGGCGUUCGGGGAACGAAGUCUUGAACGGCGGGUCUGCGUUCAGGUUGCAGCGCCGGAAAUUUCCGUCGUCAACGGCUUCCAGUUUGACGAUACUUUGCGAGAGUUCGCUAUUGGGGGCGCCGGCAAGGUUUUGAUUAUCCAGGAGUCUGGCCGCAUGAAGACAUCGGUGACGUUCAAGAACUCGCUGCCCGAGCGCUGCGACGCACCGGACGUGCGCACUUGUUACGACUUUCAGGACAACAGCGUGUACAUGCUGUUCACAAAAACGUGUUCAUUGGUGAAGUAUAAUUUUAGUAAGCAGGAAGUCGCAUGGCAGACGCGCUUGGAGAGCGGGAAACAAACUCCGUCUAGCCUAUGCCUGGGAAAAUCGCUGGUAUACGUCGCAUUUCCGUCAUGUCUUCAAACCUACUUGAAGGCGACCGGAAUUUCCGACUGGCCGGUCGACACUUCGUCCGUGCUCAAUAAUAUUUCGGGAGUGAGCGUGGAUGAACGCGCCAGUCUGGCUUUGGUCACUUUCGCUGGGGAAAACGAAGAUGCCCCAAAUACUUUCGCUAUCGUUGGCUUGUGAACCAAAGCCCUGCCUUAAUGCACUUUUAAAGAACGGAUUUUAUACUUAAAAGCUUACGUACAGGCUUGAAAACUAUUGGGCUGUUCAAAUUGAAGAAACUUUUCAGCCAGGAAAAAACUUGGUGUCGAUGUUAUCAUUUGAAACUUAAAUUCAUGACGUUUUUACAAGCUAUACACAAUAUAUAAACUGUAACAAAACUGCUGUUUAAAUUAUGAUUUGUACUGAGUUAUGAUCAAGUUCA